AUGAGCGGAAUUGGAGAGGCGUUUGGAAGAAAGUUUUAUCAAAUUAAAACCCAUGUUGGAGCAGGUCAAAAAACUAUGGACAGUGACGUUCAAUAUGCCAAGAAUAAGCUCAGUGAAUCAUAUAAAAAGUUUAAGAAUAUUUUAGAAGUUAUUAAGAAGCUAGCACCUACUAUUCAUGCUACUAAUUUGAUGCAAGUUGAAGUUUUAACAUCAUUAGGUGAUUGUGUUGUUAAUAAUAGUCCCGAAACAAAGUCAGAUAUAGAUUCUAUUAUUUCAACGUUCCAAAAAAUAGAUGAAGGAGUUAAUACAUAUGAAACAAGAGUUGAGAGUGAUAUUAUUGUUCCAUUAAAAACUUAUAUGGAACAAUUCAAAAUAAUGGAAAAAAGAUUUGAAAUUUGUCAUAAUAGAAGAGUUGAUAUGGAUAGAUAUCAUGAUUCAGUUCUCAGUAUUUCUAAGAAACCACCAGGAAAACAAAGUGGACUUGCAGAAGCACAGAAUAAAUACAAUGUUGCUAGAGACCUUUACAAUUACCUAAGAAAUGAAAUUAUUGCUGAUGUUGAAAAAUUAACAUCUUCUGCUGAUGAAGUUGUUUCUCCAAUUUGUGGUACUCUUAUUGUUAGUUAUACAGAUUAUUUGAAUCAUUUAAAUAAUUAUUGGGGAGAAGCAUCAGAAGUUUCUAGUAAUUUCAGAAUUUGUGCACUUGACCCAGCACCAAUUAUUACUCCAGGAGAAUCAUCAAUGGUUAUUGAUGCAAAUGUUUUCUCAAAGAAAUCUAGUGAUGUCAUGGAUGGAACAUAUGAACCAUCUGAAUUUGAAAAUUCAGGAAGUUCUACAACAACAAGUACAACAACUAGUGUUAAAACAACAGUAAGUACAUCUAGUGGAAAAAGACCACCACCCCCACCACCAACAAGAAAAGAACAAGUAAGAUGUGAAUAUGAAUAUCAAGCACAAGAAGAAGGAGAGUUAUCAUUUAAAGAAGGAGAUAUUAUUACAGUAUUAAAGAAAGAAGGAGAUUGGUGGCUUGGAGAAUUAAAAGGACAACAAGGAUACUUCCCAUACAAUUAUGUUUGUCCACUCUAA